GAGCAGAGCCAGACCUGUAGCUGUGCCUUCCUCAGAGCAGAGCCAGACCUGUAGCUGUGCCUUCCUCAGAGCCAGACCUGUAGCUGUAUCCUUUUGAAUCCCAGCUAGCCAUCGCCACACAUCAUGAGGCUGAUUGUGCUGAUGGCUUUGGUGUGUGCGCCCCUGUGCUUGUCACGCCGCUUCCAGCGUUGUGAAGUAGCCAAGAUCUUCAGAGCCAAGGGCCUUGACGGCUUUGGGGGACAUUCCUUAGGCAACUAUGUGUGCAUGGCCUUCUGGGAGACCAAGUGGAAGUCUCAUAAGGUGAGAUCUGCCGAUGUGGGGAAAGACUACGGAAUUUUCCAGAUCAACAGUUACAAGUGGUGUGAUGAUGGAACCCCUGGAGGAAAGAAUCUGUGCAAAGUGAACUGUGCAGAUUUGCUGAACGAUGACUUGGUGGCUUCUAUUAAUUGCCUGAAAAUCAUCGUGGAGCAGGAUGGGCUGAAGGCUUGGGACACCUGGACCAAUUACUGCGACGGUCGCAAGAUGACACGCUGGGUGAAAGGGUGUGACCUUGUGAAGGACAGUUGAAGGACACUGUGGUGGCAUGGUGCUUUUCACUGAUCCACCUACUGCAAGUGUCUGUGCAUGGUGCUUUUCAUUGCGUGUCAUUAAAGCAUUUCUCACUGAA